GGCGCUGCCUGCGCAUGCGCCCCUCCACCCGCCGCCGCCGCCCCUCCCCGUGCUCCGCGCUGAUGGCGGCGGCGAUCAUGGCGGCCGAGCAGGAAGCCGCGAAAGGCGGCGGCGGCGGCGGCAGGAACCGCGGCGGCGUGCAGCGCGUGGAGGGGAAGCUGCGCGCCAGCGUCGAGAAGGGCGACUACUACGAGGCGCACCAGAUGUACCGGACGCUGUUCUUCAGGUAUAUGUCACAAGGAAAACAUGCAGAAGCAAGAGAACUUAUGUAUUCAGGGGCUUUGCUGUUCUUCAGUCAUAACCAGCAAAACAGUGCUGCUGAUCUGUCCAUGCUGGUUCUGGAGUCUUUGGAGAAAUCGGAUGCAAAAGUAGCAGAAGACCUUUUAGAAAACUUGGCUAAAUUGUUUAGUUUAAUGGAUCCAAAUUCUCCCGAACGAGUGGCUUUCGUAUCCAGAGCACUAAAAUGGUCCAGUGGAGGGUCAGGAAAACUUGGACAUCCAAAACUACACCAGUUACUAGCUAUUACCCUGUGGAAAGAGCAAAACUAUAGUGAAUCUCGGUAUCACUUCUUGCACUCCACAGAUGGUGAGGGCUGUGCAAAUAUGCUGGUAGAAUACUCGUCGUCCCGCGGAUACCGCAGUGAGGUGGACAUGUUUGUAGCUCAGGCAGUACUACAAUUUCUCUGCUUAAAAAAUAAGACCAGCGCAUCAGUUGUUUUUACGACAUACACACAGAAACAUCCUUCAAUAGAGAAGGGCCCACCCUUUGUUCAACCACUGCUAAACUUCAUCUGGUUUCUGUUGUUGGCAGUUGAUGGAGGAAAACUAACAGUAUUUACAGUAUUGUGUGAACAGUAUCAACCUUCUCUGAAAAGGGAUCCCAUGUAUAAUGAGUACCUAGAUAGAAUAGGACAGCUUUUCUUUGGAGUUCCGCCCAAGCAGACCUCGUCCUACGGAGGAUUGCUAGGAAAUCUUUUAAACAGUCUGAUGGGAACUGGGGAAGAUGAUGACACAGAAGAUGGUCAGGAAGACAGCAGUCCUAUCGAGCUCGACUGAAUGUUGUUGUCAUUGGGUGCCGUGUAAAUCUGAUGAUUCGAUGACUCCAAAGACACUUUUGGAAUUUGAAUCCUGCAGUUGUUUCUUGGCGCCUGAAAGGGCUCCUCUGGUCUUUUAGAAAUGGUUGCUGAAAUGUUUAUAAUGUCGGUCUAUAUUAUUUAUGUAAAAAAACAAAAAAAAAAAAGAAAGAAACCAACAAAAAGUAGCCAAACGAACCAAUCGGAGCAGUUGUUAGUGGGUUUCCGAUGCAGUGGCUGGUGACUGAUUAAAAUAUAGUCUUCUACGGUUUCUGAUGCAGUAUUCCCUUUUGCACAGUAAUUCAAUAAAGCAUAAAAAUGGGUCUUGUCCUUCA